AUGACAGUAUAUGCUGAUGGUGGAGAGAUUCCUUUUCCCAAUAGAAGGAAUCACCCUCCCCACAUUCCAACUGGCACCCCUGGUUUUGAAGUCUUCACGUUUUACCCUACUUAUGAAGAAUUUAGGGAUUUCAAAGGAUAUAUUCAGAAGAUAGAGGCUGUGGGUGCACACCGCAGGUCUGGAAUAUGCAAGAUUGUGGCUCCAGAAGGAUGGACACCUCGGCCCUCGAAGAAAAAAUUCCAUUAUAGAGAUGAGGAAGUAGAACAUUUUCUUAUACAGAGCCCUGUGAAAGAGUACAUCCAACGCCACAGCUUCGCAUUACUCAAGACGAACCACGUGUACAAAAAAGCAAUGACUGCUGGCGAAUACCGUAAAUUGGCUAAUAGUACGAAGUACCGCAAUCCACAUCCAGAGCUCAGAGGCAAAGCUUUAGAGGAUCAUUACUUUCAAAACAUGCUUAACUCGCAACCCAUUUAUGGAGCUGACACUGAGGGGUCGUUUUACGAUGAAGAUGUGAAUGAGUUCAACAUGAAGCGCCUCAACACCAUAUUAGACGAAACGAAGGAAGCUACUGGGAAGGUGAUAAGAGGCGUCAAUUCGGUUUACCUUUAUUUCGGCAUGUACGGAGCUUCUUUUGCUUGGCAUGUCGAGGAUAUGGAACUUUAUUCCAUUAACUAUUUGCAUCAUGGAGCUCCGAAAUAUUGGUUCGCCGUGCCACCCGAGGCGGCGAAUCGUUUCGAGAGACUCAUGCGCCAGCAAUUUCCAACAUAUGAUCGACAAUGCAAGGCCUUUAUGAGACACAAGAGUUUUUCCGUUCUACCUGCUCUUUUGGAUAUGCACAAAAUUCCAUACGGCACUAUGACACAGAAUGCCAAUGAGUUCAUCAUAACAUUUCCUCACGGAUACCAUAUGGGGUUUAACCUUGGUUACAACAUUGCGGAAAGCACCAACUUUGCUACCGAUCGAUGGAUCGACUUCGGAAAGAACGCUGUCCUCUGCAAAUGCCGUUCGGAUAUGGUUGAAAUUGACAUGACGCCUUUCAUGCAGAAGUACCGUCAUGACGAUUUCAAGAUGUGGCACUCGUAUUGGUACGCUCCCAAAACCACUAAUGCUGAUGCAGUGCAGUGCAAAAAAAAGAAGAGAGGGGACGAACAUGGCAGCGACUACGCCGAUGUGCAUAUAAAGAAACGUCGUAGGGGCAAUGACGCUUAUAGCGGCAACGCUGUUACCGUAUCUGAUGAAUUCGUAUCACUACAUACACCAUUACCGCCUUCCCAGUUGUCGCCGACCAUCUUACGGGCUUCUUGGAAAAACAAUAUUUCUCUAUUGUGGGCCAAUGAAUCCGUGAAUUUCUUCGCGGAAAAGGCGUUCAAUCAGUCGGCUGCUCGUUCGUGGCCUCAUUGCGCUGUUUGUCAAUAUUUUCAGCCUUUGCACAUGUCUUCGUUCUGCAGGGAAAUUCCACAGAGAUCAUCCAGACUAGUUUCUGGGUUUUGUUUCGCCAAGGAUGAGCGUCGACUCCCCGCUGUUGAUUUACCUGAUGAUGUCCUCUUGACAUGCUCGAACUGCGGAGUUACUGUACAUCCUUCUUGCUAUGGCGGUCCUUCGAACUUGACAAUAUCUGAUGCAUGGAGAUGUCUGCGCUGCGGAGAUUGCGAUGACGUUGCUAUUCGUGGCAGAUCCUGUCAUUUAUGCGAGUUGAGAGGAGGUGCCCUCAUGCCGUGUCGUGCAGGUGCUGAUAUUUCUGCUUUCGUGCAUACAAUAUGCGCCAUCUUCAACCGACGCACAGUUUUUAAUGAUGCCAACAAUCCCACAUGUUGCUACACGCAUCCGCCUCCGAAACAAGCAUCUCCGAACGGAAUAUUCAAAUAUCUCCCACGUGACUACAUUCUUGCUAUGGGAGACACCUACGAAUCCUCUCGCUUUCAAUGCGACUUGUGUGGAAACAGCCGUGAAGGGCUAGUAAGGUGUUCAGCGUGUGAUGAAGAUGCUGAUCCCCUUUUGGCACAUGUGACUUGUGGUCGUCAAGCUGGGUUUUUGUUCGAGCGCCGCACUUUCCCCCAUAUAACUGCAAUGGUGUGCGACCGGCACCAAACAUCUGAGGAGCAAAUGACGGGGCUGGUUGCAGUUGGACCACUGAUGGAUGUGAAUUUGGGUGAUACUGUGAUUGCUUGGAUGGACGGCGGUGCUCGAGUCCAACAGGGCAGAGUGGAUCGCCUUGUGCUCCGAACACAGUUAACGAUUGACUUUGAAGACGGUUCCGUUUCGGAUAACACUCUCCCUGGUGACAUCGUUCAAUGUUGCUGUAUAAAUCGGAAAGGAUGCUCCGACGGACAACAUCAAAGUGGCAGCAGGGUAAAAGUACGCUGGAACGAUGGUGAACUUUACGAUGGCUACUACAGAUGCAUUUUAAAGGCAGUGGAAUACACUGUGGUAUUUCCCGAUGGUUCUUUUGCAAAGUUACCAAGGACUGAUAUCUAUGGGGCUGGUGACGCCGUACCUCAAGAGGUGCGGAGAAGGUUGCGAAAGCAGGAGCACGCGAUGUUCCGUUCGUUGCAACAACAGAGUUCACGCAGUCUGACAAUCACGCCCACAUUACGAAAUGGUCCCGAGGUAGAUCUUAGUGACCCCAAACAGUUGGCUCUACACAAACUUUACCGCCCGGAAAGAAUAACCCCGCUAAAAAGAGGGCUAGAACUGCUGAAAACGCCUAGUUUGAACAAGGGGAUGGCAUUUUCAUUAUAUGAGCGUCAAUAUCUUGGUAUCCAUGGCCUUCUUCCUCCUGCUUUUAUGACUGCCGAACAACAAGCAUACCGCGUGAUAACAAAACUUCGAGAACAACCUAAUGAUCUCGCAAAAUAUGUUCAAAUAGAUAGUCUUCAAGACCGCAAUGAGAAACUGUUUUAUCGAGUAUUGUGCGAUAACAUCAAAGAAUUGAUGCCGAUUGUAUAUACACCCACUGUCGGUCAGGCGUGUCAGAAAUUCGGCUUCAUCUAUCGAAAUCCCAAGGGACUUUACGUGACAAUUAACGACAAUUCAAUCAGUAAAAUAUACCAGAUCCUCGCUAAUUGGCCAUCCACGAAUGUUAAGGCCAUUGUGGUAACCGAUGGCGAGCGAAUUUUGGGUCUGGGUGACUUGGGAGCGUACGGUAUUGGUAUACCUGUCGGUAAGCUCGCCCUCUACGUUGCUUUGGCUGGUUUAUUCCCAGAAUGGUGUCUACCAGUUCUGAUUGAUGUUGGCACUGACAAUCAGAGCCUUCUUAACGAUCCUUUCUACACUGGAUUGCGCAGAAACCGAGUUCGUGGGCCAGAAUAUGAUGCUCUGAUUGACAACUUCAUGAAGGCCUGUACAAAACGGUUUGGCCGUGACACCUUAAUUCAGUUCGAAGAUUUUGGAAAUCAGAACGCAUAUCGCCUUUUAGACAGAUAUAAGAACGAAUAUUGCAUGUUCAAUGAUGAUAUACAAGGAACUGCCUCGGUCGUCGUAGCUGGUCUGCUGGCGACUACGAGAAUCACCAAGAAAAAGCUGUCACAGCAGAAACUCGUGUUUUUAGGAGCAGGGGGAGCUGCUACUGGAGUGGCUGAGAUGUGUGUACGGCAGAUGGUAGACGAAGGUCUAUCGGAGAAAGAUGCAUGCGCAAAUAUCUACAUGAUGGAUAUAGAUGGCCUCAUCACCAAAAGUCGCUCGGCUAAUUUGUCAGAUCGCCAUCUUCGAUUUGCAAAGGAUCUACCUGAUACAAAAAACCUUCUGGAGGUAGUCCGAACUGUUAAGCCUGGUGGUCUUAUUGGCGCGUCUACGGUUGCUGGAGCAUUCACCUCUGAAAUAAUUGAAGAGAUGGCUCAGAUCAACCCAAGGCCUAUUAUCUUUGCUCUUUCAAAUCCGACGAGCAAAGCCGAAUGCACAGCAGAAGCUGCCUAUCGCUUAACAAAUGGAACUGUCCUGUUUGCGUCAGGAUCUCCGUUUGAUAAUGUGGAACUCAAUGGAAAGUUGUACAAACCAGGACAAGGAAAUAAUGCAUACAUAUUCCCCGGAAUCGCUUUGGGAUGUGUACUAUUCAAGGCGAAGAUCAUUCCUGACAAACUAUUUCUGCUAGCUGCUAGACGAGUAGCAAACUCGGUCACAGAGAAAUCACUGAACACCUACUCUAGGCUCUAUCCUCGUCUCAAAAGUAUUCGUGAAUUGUCUAUUCAAAUUGCCAUUGAGGUCGGUGAAUAUCUCUAUUCUCAUAACCUCGCAACUUUGCAUCCGAAACCGGAAGACAUGGAACUGUUCAUUCGACAGCACGUUUACUCGGUUGAAUACCAGGAUUUGAUAAACAAGACUUACGACUGGCCCGCAAAAGAUUCAAAACACGGCUUUCCAGUGCCUGUGUUACGUAGGUCGUCGAUGGAUGAAGAGUAG